AUGGAGAACGACAAGGGAGAGAUCGUGGACCUUUACGUCCCCCGAAAGUGCAGCGCCACCAACCGUAUCAUCAAGGCCAAGGACCACGCUUCCGUCCAGAUCUCAAUUGCCAAGGUUGACGAGACCGGCCGACAAAUCCAGGGAGAGAACCAUGUCUACGCCCUCUGCGGUUUCGUGCGAGCGAUGGGUGAGAGCGACGACGCUCUAAACAGACUAGCCCAGCGGGAUGGCCUCCUCAAGAGCGUCUGGAGCGCCGUGCGAUAA